CCAACUCAAACGGUUCUCCUCCGACACUGCUCGCCGCCUCUCUCCUUUUUCGGCGUUUGGAUUCCAGGUUUAGGGCAUUGGAUUAUGGCACCGGGGAGAGAUAGAAUCAGUCAACUUCCCGCAGAUAUACUUGACCACAUUUUGGGAUUUUUGCCAAUUGAAGAUGCUGCUAAAACCGUUGUGUUAUCUUCCAUUUGGAGAGAUGUUUGGCUUAGUCUUACCCAACUCAAUUUUGAUCGUAGGUUCUUUCGUUAUAUUAAUAAUAAACAUCGCCGUGCUAGCAACUAUGUCAAGAAAUCAGCUGCAAGUUUAUACGUGAUCAACAAAGUUCUCCGGCUGCACAAAGGAACAAUUCGGAAAUUUGUUCUCUGUUUUUAUAAUGUUGGGAAACUUGCAAUUAGGUAUCGGUCUUAUGACAUUGACGAAUGGUUACUUUUAGUCACACAGAAAGGUGUUGAAGAAAUCUACAUUGGUUUUGCGGAACAAGCAUACCGGUUGCCGGGCUGCAUAUUUUCUUGUUUAACACUUAAGAGAUUGCAUCUUUAUCGUGUCAUUGUUGAUCCAAUCAAUUUCCCUUGCAUAUUACCUAAUGUUGCUUCACUUUGUUUUCAAUGGGUUGACUUUGGCCCUAUAAAUUGUCUAGAUUGUGCUAUUGACGUUCCGGCACUUGAGAAUUUGUCAUUUAUCGACUGUAAAGACUCGUUUUAUUUUGAUAUUACUGCUCCAAAGCUGUGUAGUUUAACAAUCAAAUCUAACUCAUAUAACAUGUUGGCCAAAUUUCUCCCGGUUAACUUGGACUUGAGAUCUAUUUCUACUCUUGAUUUGAAUGGUUUUGUCCAGGGAUUUGUUAAAGAAUUCACGAGGAAGGGAUUUCGACUAAAUGUGAAAUACCUUAAGCUUUCACGUUUCGAAGAAUUUUAUACCCAAAGUGAUAGAUCAUCUUCUCUGCUUGCUCAUGUGCUGCGAUUAUGCCCUAAGUUACGCAAACUGGUUAUCAAUUUAUUUGGGCUCAAUUCAGUAGCUACUGAACGUAUGGACGCCUUUUUGGAACUUCAUGUUGUGUCUCAAACAAAUAAGAAGCUCCAUGCUUUGAAGUUUAUCCCAUUUAAAGGGUCACAUUCUGAAACGUUUUUCAUUAAGAAGCUACUUGCUAGUUUUUCAACACUUGAAAAAGUUGUUAUUGUUCGUGACAAAUAUCACUGCAAAAAGGACUCUACUGGAAUUAUGCAGGAGCUUUUGGAUCUUCCCUUUGCCUCCACAAAAACGAAAAUUAUUAUUGUCUAGUUGAUGGUAUGAAGCCGAAUGGUGACAACAUUGUCCCGAUGUUUUGGAAGUAACAACUUAGUUUGGUGCACACACAAAACUCUUCGCACUGAGGCUCGAGGAUAUAAUGUAAUAUUUUUCGUCAAGCCAUUACUUGUUUGCUUUCUUGCACUCUCUUUUUAACACUCGAGAAGGUUGGCAUUGUUCAUACCCGUAGUUUGCAAGAGGUUUUGAAUUUUCCUCGUGUCUUAGAAAAGCAAAAAUGAUUUUCUUU